AUGUUUUCUGUGCCGCACAAACCUUUAUUCACGUUGUUUCAGAAGCUGGCGGGAAAAAGCUGUUCACAGAGCAGCUCACUUGCAACAGUGGUCGAAAAUCUCCCAUUAUCGUACAACACGGACACUAAAAGUCUCGAUCGUUCACCUUCACUCGGCACAGAAGCGACUUGUUCCAACACCAUUGAUACGAAAUUCCGUCGCGGUCAUAUCCGUCGAAGCUCAUACGAAUCGGCCCAAAUUCAAUUAAAUUUUGCUCGACGCACAACUAAUCCAAAUGAUGGAAUACCAAUGAUAGCCCCUUCAGUGGCCAAGUGCCUCGAUGAAGCAAUCUGCUCGUUGAAUUUGAGCAAUAAAGCCGAUUACUCAUCGUCGUCAAGCGAACAAGACCAGCAAGAUUCGGGACUUGGAGAGACUGAAAACGAUUCUAAACACUCUUCUCUCGACCGACGGAACGACUUGUCAGACUUUGAUGAAUUUCCAUCAAAGCCGGAAACCUCGAAAUCGCGAUUUUUCAAUUUUCCAAAAAAUCUGUUUACAAGAAGCAAAGAAGAGAAACCAAGCUGGAAGAUGUUUAGUGGACGAAACAAAUCCUCCGGAGUUAUUGCGACGACCGGUCUGAUUUUGGAAGAACGACCUAGUGGGCUUCCUUCCAAAUCAGCGGAUGAAGCAGCUCUUCACAAGCAGAUGUACCUGGACAUUCUGGAACAAGCAAAGAAAAAAGAACUGAAAGCGGAAAAAGAGCGGAGGCAGGCCAAAGCUGAGCAGAAGCGGCUUGAAGAACAAGCAGCAGCGGCAUGUCGCGUUUGGACCGAACAAAUCCUACCAAAGUGGCUUGAAAUGAAAGACUCAAAAAGAUGCCGUGAGCUUUGGUGGCAAGGUGUUCCGGCAAAAGUUCGGGGAGAAGUUUGGGCAAGACAAAUUGGGAACGAAAUUAAUAUCACGAAAGAGCUCUACGAAGGACUCAUCGAGCAAGCUUAUGGAAUUAUUGCUGAGCAAAAGGAUGAUAGCAAGGAAACAAACAGAAAAGAUUCGUCAGUUUCACAAAUCAGUUUGGAUGCGACGAGAACCUUUACUUCUCUUGGAAUUUUCCAGAAGGGAGGACCUUUUCAUGAUCACUUACUUCAACUUUUAAGUGCUUACGCGAUUCUUCGUCCUGAUGUUGGCUAUGUGCAAUCAAUGACUUUUAUUGCAUCCGUUUUAUUGCUUCAAAUGGAACCAUUUGAAGCAUUUAUUUCAUUCGCAAACUUGCUCGAGCGUCCACUUCAGUCAGCUUUCUUCGGCUUGAAGCAGCCAGAAAUGACUGAGUAUUUCAUUGCAUACGAUCGCUAUCUGGAACAAGAGCUUCCUUCUCUUCACCAUCAUUUGGAUAAAUUAGACGUGAGACCGGAUCUUUAUCUUAUUGAAUGGACGUUCGCGAUGUUUGCCAAGUCUCUUCCACUGGACGUGACCUGUCGAAUCUGGGAUGUUUAUUUCCGAGAUGGAGAAGAAUUUUUGUUCAAAACUGCUCUUGGCAUCCUCCGUAUGUAUGAGUCGAAGCUUCUUUCAAUGGAUUUUGACGAUUGUGUUGAAUUUUUGACAAAGCUUCCGGAUACGCUAACUGGAUCAGAUCUUUUCCGUAACAUUGAACCAUUCAUGCGUUCGUACAACGGAGAAUCAUCAAAGUCGAAAAAACGAUUUUCACAGAUAUUCCGAGAAAUUGAUGAGCGUGUUAAUCCCGGAGGCACCACAGCAAGAACGCAAAUCAGUCAUAAUGUCCAGGAAUUAAAAAUGAGCAAGAGCUUGAGCGGAUUCAUCGGCGAUCUUUUAUCGGCUCCUAGUCGCUAA